GUCAGUUCCGGUUUAUUUCAUCAGCAGCACUGUAAGCAUGACAAGUCACGAACAGUUCAGUUUGGAGCCGUAUACAUAUAGAUUUGAAUCCAUUCUUUCGCUAGAAGAAAUUGAGAAACGAAUACGUUUAGACGAGUCGCAGAUUAGGCAGACGGUACACGUUUCUUCAUACAAAUGUCUCGAACCUCAACCUAUCAUCACGCAAAUGAUGGAUCCACAGUUAACAUAGUCUUUUCUUUUCAGAUGACUUGGUUGGGUCAGAAAUUUCGGGUGAAAAUUUUCACAUCUCCCCUUCGCAUUAGUGCAAAUAACAGCUUGACAGGAAGGCAUCAUUCUAUAUAUUAAUUCGUAAAAUCUACCACAUGCACAUCUUUGAUGAUCUUAGAAUCUUAUUAAAACCGAAACAGACGGUGCAUGUGACGUCAAAAUUGUGGUUUUGAAAUGUUCCCGGUAGAGAGUGAAAGACUCGGGGUUUAUAACAUAAUUAAUAAGGAAAUAGUUUAUCACUUUAUUCAAGUGCCUAUGGUUCAAAAUUGUCGUAAUGACAUCGUAACCAGUCCCGACCUCUCUGACUCCUCAAGACUCUACAAGGCCUCGUCACGACCAUUUCCAAAAACUGCGAUGAUUUGUCUCACUUUCGUUUGUCGAGUUGUACAAUAAUCAAUUAAUGUAGUGUGAUCUAGGCCCAUAUACUACAAACGAACUGGAUAUAUUUCUUUCCUAAAUUCGAUUGACUUUUAACCCGUAAAGGCAGCCAUAUUAUCACAUGCCCUUCCACAACAACAUGUCACGUGAUUAGAGUACCCGGAUACGUCAGUUGUAUCCAGCCAGAUAGACUUCAUUAUUGUGCAAGAGUUCAUGAUCUAGGAAAGACGUAAUCAUGGGACAAGGUGAAACGGAACGGGAUGGGGACAUUGGGUGUUGUGGAUACUGCCUGAUGAUUCUCUCCUUCAUUCUGGUGGUUAUUUUCUUCCCCUUCUCACUGUGCAUAGCUAUUAAGGUGGUGCAAGAAUAUGAAAGGGCUGUUAUUUUCAGACUUGGCCGUGUUGUUGGAGGUGCAAAGGGACCUGGACUGUUUUUCUUGUGGCCAUGUGUUGAUGAAAUGCAGAAAGUGGACCUUAGAGUUUUGUCAUACGAUGUCCCUCCACAGGAGAUUUUAACGAAAGAUUCUGUGACAGUGGCAGUGGAUGCUGUAGUCUAUUAUCGUAUCUUUGACCCAAUUAUGUCCGUCUGUAACGUGAAUGAUGCCUUUAGGUCCACACAGCUGUUGGCGUCUACCACCCUGAGAAAUGUUCUGGGUACCAAAGCCAUGGCUGAAGUUUUGUCUGAACGAGAGAGCAUUUCCCAUGAGAUGCAGCAAAUUUUGGACACUUCAACUGAUCCAUGGGGAAUGAAAGUGGAGAGAGUAGAAAUUAAGGAUGUCAGACUCCCAAUGCAGUUACAGAGAGCUAUGGCGGCAGAGGCAGAGGCAGCCAGAGAGGCUAGAGCUAAGGUGGUGGCAGCAGAAGGGGAACAGAAGGCUUCACGUGCCCUGAAAGAAGCUGCUGAUGUCAUUUCGGAAUCCCCGGCUGCCCUUCAGCUCCGAUACUUGCAGACUCUCAAUUCCAUAUCUGCAGAAAAGAACUCUACCAUCAUUUUCCCGCUACCCAUCAAUAUGCUGAGUCAUUUUGCCAAGAAGUGAACUUUUAAAAUGAAAUAGCUGAAGAUAAGCUAUUCACUGAAAUCUGUUAUUUCAUGUAUAUAAUGUGGUCUUGUCUUUUGUAAUAUAUAUUUUGAAAUGAUGUCAGCUUUUACCACAAACAAUACUGGAUAUAUGAAUUUUUUAAAAAUUAAACUCGUAGAAAUUUUACAAUCCAGUGUAAACUCUGUGAAUCUUAUUGACUCUUAAUUGGCAUAAUCUUUUAUAGAAAAUAUUGGUUUGUUGUAAAUGUGUUAUGAUGUGCAUGGUGAUAUUAUUUAAUUACAUUGUAUUCAAUCUUUAUAUUUCCGUUAGUGUUGGCUGUCAUUGUCCUAAUGAUAUUGUACUUUUAAUAAAGAGUAAAAGUCUAA